ACAGAGGAGAAAAAAGAGAUUAACGAAGAGAAUGAGCUUGUGACAGAUUUCUUCUUCACAGAUCAGGAUUUAAAGGUCCCUGAAAGCAUCAAGAGAAGUUUGAGUAUUGCAUACGAUGGAAAGAGUAAACGAAACAAGAACUUUAUGAUGGUGAAAAAUGAACUGGAGGAAAGAGAAAGAAAACAUAAACGUGAAACAGAAAAGAUACAACAGGUGAUGUAUGUUGAUGGUCAGAGGAAUAUGGCUGUAGUUCUAGGAGAACGGGAUGUAAAAUCAGAUGUCAAGGCUAAACAAAGGAGAGAUCGACGAGUAAUAUCAGUUGCCGCUGAGGGUGAGACAACAGACGCAGAUCUGUACCAAGAACAGGGAGAGAUAGAGUUGAAGAAUGGAGGAGAUGUUAAAAAGGCUUUGUUUUAUUUGUCCCGAGCAGUCCUUUUGAAUGAUUACGAUGAAACUGCUCUUGUUGCCCGGAGCACAUGCAUGCUGAAGCUCGGAAGAUAUGAGGAGGCAAUACGAGAUGCUAAGAAUGCAGUAAAAAGAACUAAACAUUCAAUACUAGCAAUGGAGGCAUUAGGAAAGUCGAUGUACACAGCAGGAAGGUUUGAGAACGCAAUUGUACAAUUUCAAAGAAUUCAAAGAAUCCGAAAGUCGAAGAUGAUCACAGAUUGGAUAGAGAGAUGCGAGGAAACGAUAAAGGCAUUUUUAUCCGCUGUGCAGUUUGAGCCUCAGAUUGUUGAAAUGUUGUGGCAGGAAACUAAUCAAGGCCAGGUGGACAAUGCAGAAGAGGAAAGCCUGCCAACAGAAAAAAGUGACAAAAAACUGAAGAACAACCGGAAAACUAAACAAGAAACCCGAGCUGAAGUUAUCCUGAUGGGCAAACUCAAGGCAGAUAUGGAUUUUCUAGGCUCCCUUUCUGAUCAUCCUGGACUUAUAACUCAACAUAUAGCAGAUCCUGAUCUUAGAACGAAAAAUCUGAGUGGAGGCAUUGUUGAUCAGGAAAUCAAAGGAGCAGCAAAAGAGGGUUUAGAGUUUUUAAAGGUUCGAAAAACAUUUUGGGAAACCUCUGCUCCGCCUGCUAGAAGAGGAAAACUUCCGCCUUCUGAGCUGGCAAAACAUCCGGCAGUUCGGUUUAAAGAUCUAAUAAAACCCUGCGCUCCGCCCACCCAUUUAGAGGAAAUUGCGUAUUUAUUAAAAAAUUCAAACAUCGAUUCUCAAUAAGAAAAGAGUAAACUUUCAAGAGAAAAACUAAUUUCUCGGCUAAAAUUAAAACUUUUAUUACUUAUAUUUCUAAUUAUAAAUCAAGUUGGAUCAGUUAGUGUCAAAAGAUUUCAUCAUCAGAAAGAAAAAGAAAAUUUAAUACCAGAUUUAAUGAGAAUACAAUUUAUUGUAAAAUUUUUCUUUUAUACAGUUAAAGAAUUAUUUUCUAUGAAAUAAAAUUUUAAGUUAAAUUCUUGUAUCGUUAUUAAUUUUGGUAUUCAUCUUGUUUAUUUCUUAAUUCCAAGUUAUUUUCUAAUAAAUGUUUACAUUGUAUUGAAUUGCUAGACAGGUUUUGAAAAUUUGCCAAUAACUAGAGUCAAGAAC